AUGAGUGAUGGUGAUGGUGAUCAAGGAAAUUCAAAGACAUUGAAAAUUACUUUAAGUCCAACAAAACUAACAUCAGAUAUUGCAAAAGAGAAAACACAACAACAACAAAAUCAAUUACUUAUUCAACAAAAUCAAUUACUUAUUCAACAAAAUCAAUUAAUUAUUAUUGAAAAAGAAAAAGAAGCAAAAUUAGCUAUUAUUGAAAAAGAAAAAGAAGCAAAAUUAGCUAUUAUUGAUAAAGAAAAAGAAGCAAAAUUAGCUAUUAUUGAUAAAGAAAAAGAAGCAAAAGAAAAAGAAAAAGAAGCAAAAUUAGCUAUUAUUGAAAAAGAAAAAGAAUUACUUGUUGAACAAAACAGCAAACGAAUGAAAUUAGCACAUGGACCACCAUCUUCAUCAUCAUUUAUUGAAGAACAGAGUAGAGCAAUAAGUGAACGUGGUUUCUUCAAUACGUAUGCAAAACAUAUUAAGUCGUUCGAAAUUAAUUCUUUAUUACAUGAUAAUAAUCACUUUAAUGAUAAUGAUGAUCUUGAUGAUCAGUUAAAAAAUUGCAUUGAAGACUAUCAUCGUCUUACAUCAUCUUCUAAUAUGUUGGAAGCAAAUAUUCAAAAUGCAUUUGAUAAAUUAAUAGUUAGUUUAUUAAGCAUAUUAAAUAAGGAUACAUCAUUAAAAUAUUUACCAACAUAUAAAAAAAAAUAUCUAGAAGGUCGUGCUCCAGAUUGUACUUUUAUAUAUAAAAAUGUGAAUAUCGUUAUUGAUGGACAAUGUAAAUGUUUACAAGAUGUUGCUGUUUGUCUUGGUGAAAUAAAAUCAUCAAGCACUUUUAUAACGGAUGCUGAAUCAAUCGGACAAUUGUUACUUAAUUUGACUAUUCUAUUACGUAAUCAAACUCGUGAAAGGAUCUAUGGCUUUUUAAUAAAUAUUAAAUAUAUAAGAUUUUAUUAUGUUGAAAAGAAACCGUAUUCGGAUUUAUAUGAUUUUUAUCAAAGCGAAUCUUUCAAAUUAUUUAAUGAUUUGUCUGAAACAUCAUCAUCAUCAUCAUCAUCAUCUGUCAAUAUGAAAACAACAAGUGAACAAUCAAAAACAAGCUAUAUAAAUGAACAUACAUGGAAAAUAUUUCUAAAAUUUUUAACAAUGAAAACAGAAUUUUAUCAAUAUACGGCGUUAAAUAUAAAUCCAAAUGAUUAUUUAUAUGAUGAUAAAUAUAACAUACAACGAAAAUUAGGAGACGGAUUAACUUCAAUGGUUUAUUUAUUGAAGAAAAAUAAUAAUAGUUAUUUCAAAAUUGGUCCACCACGUCUUGUAAUAAAAAUUUCUAAAGGAAAUAAAUUUAUAAUAUUUUCAAAAGAAUUAGAACCUUUGGAAUCAUUAACAUUAACUCACGCGCAACAACUUAUUGAUAUCCUUAAAUAUUUAUAUGAUUCUUGUAUUCUUCAUCGUGAUUUACGUCCACAAAACUUAAUGUAUGAUAAAAGUCAUCGACAUUUAAAAUUAAUCGAUUUUGGCUUUGCCACAAUUUACCAAAAUUAUGAAAUGACAAAAAGAUUACCAAUUGAAGGAACAAUUACAUAUGGUGGUCAAAAAUUUCUAGAUUAUUAUGCAAAAUUAUCAUUUCAGUCAUGUUUUGAACCACUCUAUGAUUAUGAACAAACCUUUGAUCUUCAAUGUGCAUUGAAUGUCAUAAUGUAUAUGACAAAUUCUAAGAUUAAAAACGAAAUAAAUUCAAUGAAACAAUUUCUAUAUACGAAAGAAAAAGCAUUAGCAUCAUUAGAAUAUUGGGGAAAACUUAAAAAUAAUGAUAGAAACUAUUUCGAUUUAUUAGAAUUAAUAAACAAGUCAAAAUCUGAUGAUUUUUCUCGUCUUAAAUCUAAUGAUUUUGAUGAUAUCAAAACUGCAAUGAAAGAACUUUUUCCAAAAGAACAGAAGUAA